AUGAAUCUAUGCAGCAUUACUGAAACUAUCCCAGAGCGACGAGGUCGUAUAGACACUCCGAUACUAGAAACGCUCGACGAACGCCGCCGAACAUGGCUGUACCUUCUCCGCAACCAACACUACGAGCCUCUGAUCUUCGAUAUACUCAACGACGAGCUUCCGAAGUAUGCAACCAGCUGCGCCAUUGACCCUGCUGAGUUAACUAUACUCACGCGUGAAUGCGCCCUUAUCUUGGCAUCAGCACCUCGCGUCUUCUUUGCAGCAGUAGAAGGCAGUCUAGUAGGUCGCAUGAUUUCUGACACUGAACUUCAAGCAGAGUACGCAUCCAUACAGCAGCGCGCGCAUCACCAGCCCUCGAUCUAUGCUCACCUCCUCGCUGACGACCGGGGUAAUGCGCCAACACCAAAUCAGUGCCUAGUCAUCCGCGAUAUGGUGCAAGACUACUUGAGCGGAGAUCCUUCUGAGCACGCUCACACCAUCGACAACGUCACACCACCACUGGUGUUACUCGAAGCAUCUACCAAAGGAUACCGUAAGUACCUCCACACCCCAAGUACUGACCGGUCACCCAAGCGAGUCGCAACCCUCCAACGCUUCUGCAGCGGGAUCACACUCCGCUAUACUCAGACAUCACCACACCUUCACAAUACGCCUCUUCCCUACCCACCUAGUGAAGUCGGCUACGCACUCCAAGCCCAUCGGCGACUGGCACAGCACCGCGCCCACCGGUCCUCCAACCACGUCAUGAACCUCGUCGAAGAUAUAUGCACGCAACUUUUCCGCACCAACGCACUGACACAGCACUUUGAAAUGCACCAGUUCGUAAUUUACCUCAUCUUCCGGCCUUCCCAGGCAGCCAUUGCGGAGAUCUUCUGCUCGGGGCUGCUGCAGUGCUGGGUCGAGGGUGGGGGGUUCAACGCGUGUCCGGCUGGGCGGAGCGUCGCGAGUUCGAGGCGGGUGAGUGCUGGGCAGUGGAGAGUCUAUGAGGAGGCAGCUAGGGAGGUGAGUCUACUGGAUGCGCGAAUGGAGGGGAUGAAGGAGAGAGCGGAGGUUUGGAGGGAGGCGUUGUGCUGGGAGGAUGAGGACGGAGAUGUAGAGAAGAAAGGCGUGAAAGGAUGA